AUGAGUGCCGGACUGGGCCAACGGCGGACAAGCGCCGAGUCAACAGGAUUUGACGCCGGCGCCGGCCCGAGCUCAAGGCAUUCAUCCUCCCAUAAGCGCUCUGCGUCCAUCGAGGGGCUCAAGGAGCACAUGUUUCAAUGGGGCGAGGGCCACGGCAGCGAUGACGAAGUGUCUGAGCAUGAGCUCCUCAUGGACCCAAACUUCCCAGAUGAUGAACAUGCCGACGCCAUUGAGUUGGGAACCAGAAGUGUCCGGAAGAGACGCGAGGAGGAGGAUUCUCCGUACCCCGAGGUUCGAGCGGCUGUCCGCAAUUACGAUGAGGACGUCCCCUGCAACACUGUGAGAGCCUGGGUCCUGGGCCUGAGUCUGGUUGUCGUGGGCGCCUCAAUGAACACGCUCUUCUCCUUGCGACAGCCAUCAAUCUCCAUUGGGCCACUAGUUGCACAAAUCAUUGCGUGGCCCGUAGGCCAUGCAUGGGCUCGCUUCAUGCCCAAGAGAAACUUCACCACCUGGGGCUUCACCUGGUCUCUCAACCCUGGCCCGUUCAAUAUCAAAGAGCACUCCAUCAUUGGAGUCAUGGCCAGUGUGUCCUUCUCGGUGGCAUAUUCGACCGACAUCAUACUUGCUCAGCGCAUCUUUUACAAUCAGAAUUUUGGAGUAUGGUUCCAGCUACUACUGACCAUCUCGACUCAGUCGCUUGGGUAUGGUAUUGCAGGGACAAUGCGCAAGUUUUUGGUCUACCCUGCCUCCAUGAUAUGGCCAGCUAAUCUCGUGGCUGUAACCAUGAUGAAUACCAUGUAUGAGAAGAAUGAAGUCCGAGACCCGUCAGUCUUUGGCGGCAACAUGCCGAGACUUAUGUGGUUUUUCCUCGUCACCGUGGGUGCAUUCGUGUACUACUUUAUCCCUGGGUUUUUAGCCCAAUGCUUGAGCGUUUUCGCUUUUGCCACUUGGAUCGCGCCUCAGAAUCCUGUUGUCAACCAGUUGUUUGGUGGCACAACUGGCUUAUCCUUGCUCCCCAUUACUUUUGACUGGACUCAAAUUUCGGGCUGGGUAGGAUCGCCGCUGAUUCCGCCUUGGUAUGCCAUAGCCAAUACUUUGAUUGGAGUUGUUGCAUUCUACGUGAUUGGAUGUUCUGCUCUGCACUUUUCUGGGGCCUGGUAUGCCGAAUUUCUACCUAUGAGCGAUGCAAAUACAUAUGAUAAUACCGGCGCUCCAUAUAAUACAUCGCGUGUUCUUAGCAAAGACUUUACUCUAGAUCAAGAAGCUUACGAAAACUACUCACCGCUGUUCCUUAGCACGACGUUUGCCAUGUCAUAUGGUCUCUCUUUUGCGGCUAUUUCAUCCCUUAUCGUAUAUACAUAUCUCCACAACGGCAAGCAAAUUUGGAAACAGUAUCAAAACAGUGCAAAUGAGAAACCAGAUAUUCACAUGAAGCUGAUGAAGAAAUAUAAAGAAGCGCCAGACUGGUGGUACAUGGGCCUAUUUCUUGUGAUGCUUGCAAUGGGCCUGUUUACUGUACUGGCAUACCCUACCAAACUCACAUGGUGGGGAUUUCUCCUCGCCGUGACAAUAUCGUUUGGCUUUUCUUUGCCAAUUGGUAUUAUUGAAGCUGUCACAAAUAAUCGCAUUGGCUUGAACGUACUCACAGAGUUUAUUUUCGGAUAUAUUCAGCCAGGCCGGCCGUUGGCUCUAAUGAUUUUCAAAACAUUUGGAUAUAUCACCAUGUCUCAAGCACUCAGCUUCGUCUCAGACCUCAAGUUUGGACACUACAUGAAAAUCCCUCCGCGGACCAUGUUCUGGGCUCAAGUAGUCGCCACCACCUUCUCAUGCUUCAUCCAAAUCAUAGUGCUCAACCUCGCACUCACCAAUAUCCCCGAUAUCUGCGACCAACAUCAGCGGGAUCACUUCACCUGCCCUGGAGGCCGAGUCUUCUUCUCAGCCUCCGUCAUCUGGGGCCUCAUCGGCCCAGACCGCAUGUUCUCUCCAGGCCGCAUCUACUCUGCUCUCUUCCUCUUCUUCGUCCUGGGCGCCAUUGUGCCCAUUGCCGUCUACUUCGGCUUCAAACACUACCCUAGGUCCCCGCUCCAGAUAUUUCUCACUAGCAGACCAUCGACUCCCCUACUCAACGUUCUCGAAGACGCCGAAAGGGCUGAAAACGAUCAGUACACUGGCGGAGAUGGUAAAACGCAUGUCGAGAUCCAUUACGAGGCAUUACCAGAAUAUUACAGAUACAUCAAGGGCCGCCAAAUGCUCGAGAAAAUAAGCUCUGAGCUAAGUCGGGAUGCGGACGGCAGCUUCACCAAGGCAAACAGCUGCUCGAGGAGAAACUCAAGUUUAGCAUUUCUUAAGAUGACUUGCUUCUGGGAGCGCGUCUUUGCGGGUAACUUUUGCAAAAGAUCAGAAAGAAAUGGAAAAGUUGACUGCGAGCAUUACAUAACCUGUGUCGACUAUCUGAAGGGCAAUUCUGGCGAUCUUGCCUUCCUCCAAUACGCAGCCACAUCUUGGUCAAGCCAUCUGGACAAGACAGGAAGCCAAAUGGAUGGGAAUCACAAGGAACAGAUCAUACGGAAUAUUUCAGAGGAUCGCAUUUUGAAGUACGCAUACAGGCAGGAGAGGAAUCUGCCGUGCUCGCAAGGUGUAACACUUCGUCACAUUGUCAGCGAACUCGGACAUGCCAACGUGGUAUCGCUGUUGCUGUCCGGCGGCUACGACAAAAUCAAUGAUCUGAUGGUUUCUGAAAUGACAGCGCUAGCUUUGGCAGCUCGUAGUGGCCAUUCUACCAUAUUCGAGAGACUGCUGCAAUGCGAUAAAAUCGGUAUCAAAAGCUUGGCAGAUGCUUCGCACGUUGCGGCUAAGAACGAUCAGAAAGAUGUCAUUGACAGGCUUUCACAAGAAGAGGAGACGUAUUGA